CGCUGGGUUGGUAUACCUGCUUUCUUUGCGACGGAAUGUCGCUGCUACGUUGCUCCCUGAAUGGAAGACUGACAGAUGUUUUGAGAAAAAGAUGCCGGGGCAGCAAAUUCUUACGCCAUUAAACAACUUUCUGUUUUUUGGCACAAGAUCCUCAUCCACUGUGCUCACUAUAACUAGUGGUGAAAGAAUUAUUCAGAUCCUUUACUUAAGUAAAAGUACCAUUACCACACUGUGAAAAUAUUCCACAACAAGUAGAAAUGCUGCAUUCAAGAACUUACUCAAGAAAAGUAAUGCUCCAAGCAGUAUGGUAGUUACCUCCACUUGGAACUGGCGAGCAAGAACAUCGAGUCAGAUUCAGGAGAACCUGUGCUAAAUUCAGAGACAAUAUUUACUCAUUUGUCAUCGUACUUGCUCCUAAACAUGGACCCUUAGCUUCCGCAGCCCUCAGGAUCCACUGUUACACUUUUCCUUCAGUUGUUGUGUGAAGAAUUGUAAGGGGAGUUCCACUGCACCUCAGCGUGUUCCUGUACAAACACGUUACAUCUCAUCAGGAUGUUUUCAGCACUUAAGAAACUGGUGGGGUCUGAGCCAGGGCAGCUCAGGGACAAGAACAUCCCAGCUGGCUUGCAAUCAAUGAACCAAAGUCUGCAGAGACGUUUCGCCAAAGGGGUCCAAUAUAAUAUGAAAAUAGUCAUCCGGGGAGAUAGAAACACUGGAAAGAGUACUUUAUGGCAUCGACUCCAGGGCAAGAAGUUUGUGGAGGAGUACCUACCCACUCAGGAGAUCCAAGCCACAAGUAUCCAUUGGAAUUACAAAACUACCGAUGAUGUGGUCAAGGUAGAGGUGUGGGACGUGGUUGACAAAGGCAAAGGCAAAAGGCGUGGAGACAAUUUGAAACUGGAAAAUGAGCCCCAAGAGUCAGAUGAAGUGGCCCUGGAUGCAGAGUUCCUGGAUGUGUACAAGAACUGUAAUGGAGUCAUCAUGAUGUUUGACAUUACCAAGCAGUGGACUUUUAACUAUAUCCUGAGAGAACUACCCAAAGUACCCACGCACGUGCCAGUGUGUAUAUUGGGAAACCACAGGGACAUGGGCGAGCAUCGUGUCAUCCUCCCUGAUGAUAUAAGAGACCUGAUUGCUGGACUGAACAGACCAAUGGGAUCGUCUUACAUCCACUAUGCUGAAUCUUCGAUGAAGAAUGGGUUUGGUUUGAAGUAUCUGCACAGGUUUUUCAACAUCCCCUUCCUGCAGCUACAGAGAGAGACACUAUUGAGGCAGCUGGAGACCAACCAGCUAGACAUGGAUGCCACCCUUGAGGAACUCUGUGUUCAGCAGGAGACUGAAGAUCAAAACUAUGAGAUUUUUCUGGAGAACUUGGAGUCUCGCAGUAAGGGCUAUGGUUCUCCUGGACCAGCCAAUGGUCAGAGUCCCUCCUCAGGUUCCCAGUCCCCCACCGUCCCCCCCAGUGGGGCCUCCACAGGCAGCUCCAGUCCCACCACCCCUCAACCCCCAAUUUCCUCCCAGGUGCUUCCACAGUCACCAUCUGUAGCCGCUUCUUCCCCUCCACCUCCCUCUGCAUCGGUAAGCAUGGCAGCUUCACCUAAUGUUGAGUUGAAGCCAUCGGCCCAGUCGCCAGAACACCUUCAGUCCAUAGCUGCAUCUGGGGCCUCAGUCCCCCAGAAACGCAGCUUCAUCUCCCGCUUGUUUGGUUCAUCUCCUGCUGCUGAGGUGACAGCUCCUGCACCAGAGGGCCUGCCUGCAGCAGUAUGUCCUGCUAAGGUUCAGAGUGUGGAUGAUUUUGUGCCAGACGAGAGACUGGAUAAAAGCUUCCUGGAGGACAGCCUGCCCUCAAAGACCAGAGUGUCUCAGCCUGCACCUGCUCUGGCUGUGGACAGUGACAGUGAUGGUGAAGACAGAGGAAACCCUAUGGUGUCUGGUUUCCAGGAUGAGCUUGAUCCUGAUGACACUGAACCCACCAUUCCCCAACCUGAGAUCUUGCCCCUCAGUAAAGAUAUCACUCUGACCAGUGACGAGGAAGAGGGAGUACCAGCAGCCCCCGCUGUCACACAUGAUCAAGACCUGGACAGUGAACCUGAGCUAAAAACACCUGUGAUCCACAUUACAAAACCAAAGGUGGCAUCUAACGCUCAAGAGCUCAGAGGCCAAACCACAGCACCCAUCUCCCUCACUUUAACUCCAGCAGCAGAGCAGUUGUCUCGAAACCAAGGCAAGAAGAAGGGAAGUACACCCAAAGCUGAGGACUCUGAUACAGACCCCGAGGUUCCUAUAGCCCAGCAGUUGCUCUCAUUUGUCAUGGAUGACCCCGACUUUGAGUCUGAAGCAUCAGAUACACCAAAAAUAACAAAAGAUACAUUUCCAGUCAGAGAUGAGCUUCUCUCUGACCUCUCUGAUGAUGAGAUGCAGUUAGUCAAGGUGCCAGAAGCUCUGAAGCCCACUGUGAUCUCCUUCAAACACAAGGACGAUACUGACCUGUUUGGCCUCGGCAUCCAAGAAGAGGCUCCCGCUGCCAAAGACAGCAGUGAGGAGCAGGAAGAAAAAGAAAGCAAAUAUUCCUCCAAAGAGAGGAAGAAGAAGAAGAAGAAAAGCAAAGAGGAAGAUGAAAAGAGCAAGAAGAAACACAAACACAAGAAAAAGGAAAAAGAUGAAGCUGCAGCAGUAGAUGAGAAAGAGAAAAAGAAAAAGAAAUCCCGAACCAAGAAAACAGAAGUGGAUGAGCUGGAGGACUUUCUAGGAGGAGGAGCACCCGUUAAAAGAGAUGACGGUGAUUAUGAGGAACUAUAAAAGCUCCUGCUUUAUUGAAAUGAAAAUGGAGCCGCAAAAGAGCAGCAAGGUCUGUGGUGGUUAAAAACCCUCCUGGUUCCUUGACUUUUAUGUGCAUAAAGCAUCAUUUCCAAGCCAUACGCAAUACACAAGGCUAUGGAUGGCACCCAGGUAAAAUACCCAAGAACUGUGGUACCCCUAUGUUCCUUCUGGUUGAUAUCCCUGUUUGCACUGCUGUUCUUACUUCCAUUCUAACCUAUAAGAAGUGGCAAGGAGACCCACAUGUACUGUAGUGAGUCGUGACAUUAACAUUGGAUCAUUGGUGUAGCCACAAAUUGGCUUUUUGUACUGAUUGGAUAUGUUAGCUUAAUAUUUUUCUUUGACUUGAUACACUCUGCAAAUGAUACACUUAAAAUCAGCUGCUGUAAAUAGGGUUACCAUUUUGUCUGAAUGUUUGGUUGGUGUAAUAAUUGAGAGCAUGCUAAGUGAUGACUGACUCAUAUGACACUCAGUAGUGCUGUCUUUCCUAUUUGUUUGCUUAAAUGAUGAAUGGUAGAUUUAAUCUUGUAUCUUGAAUUUCACCAUCAUAGUGAUUUGAUUUGAGAAUUUUGCCCAGUACCAGCAAAGGAAAUGACUUUUGUCAUCCACAAGUGGGGACUUGUCCACACUAAGCUCACUAAAUUAAAAAAAAAAAUCUUUGUUUUUGACUUCCAUCCACACUUAGCUAGUAUUUGUCUUAGUGUAGAUAACAGCAUCAGGAGUAAAAAUAUAGAACCAUAGCUGCACAUUUUGCCUCUUGAAUAUUGAGAAGACAGCCAGUUCUGAGGCGGAGACAUCUCACAAUGACCUGAAAAAUGACAGACAGAAGUUUAUGCCUCUGUGCUUCACCUAUGGCCAGAGGCAUUAUGCUUUAAGGUUACCCAUGCAUCGGUCCCGUUCCCGUCAUAUCUCAAAAACACUGAGGGAAUUUCUUCAAAUUUGGCACAAACAUCCACUUGGACUCAAGGAUGAGCUGAUUAGAUUGUGGUGGUCAAAGGUCACUGUGACCUUCUUUCUUGUGAACACAAUAUCUCAGGAAAGUUUUGAGAGAAUUUUUUUUCUUUUUUCAGAUUUGGCAGAAAUCUUCACUUGGAAAAGAUGAACUGAUUAAAUUUUGGUGUUACCUCACAAAACACAUUUUAGCCUUAACUCAAGCAUUUAUGUGCUAAUUCUGACAAAUUUUCACAUAAAUGUUUAAUAUCAAAAAGGUCAAAGGUGAACUUCAUAAUGUUAUGCAAAACCACUUUGCUGGUGAUUAUUUAGCACUGUACCUCAGGAACAAAAGGGCAGGUUCCAACCAUAUUUCACAUUUGGUCACAUACUGAAUUGGUCUAAUCUUGGGUGUCCCCCUUGAAACUGUGCUGAUUGUAUAGAUCUUCUGUGCGGCCAGGUUGAAGAUGUAUAUGGAUCAUCCACGUUUUAGAAUUUGUAGCUUCUAUGCAGCACUGAAGCAUUGUAGUCCAACAGACGCUCAUUGGUUUUGUUGAUAGUGAGCUUCCGGUGACUGUUGUUGCUCAAUGUGAGCGAAUCUCUAUCAGUCACUACAUGAGUGAGUCUGGACAUGGCUGUAAAAUGCAACUUAACUGGUGCAUGGAAGCAUACAACAGCAAGUCUGGGAUUCUAGCCUUUUUUAGACUUCAAGGAAAAAUAUAUGUUUUUUGGUUUUUUGCCCAAUCCAGAUUGUAAGUAGAUGUACUUUCAUAAAGUCAAUUUUGAUCCAAACCACACUGGGAGGUAGUUUGAAAAACCAUUCAAAUCGGAUCUCUACAGAUGCAUGUCAGUCUGGACCAUCUAGCUGGUCAAAUCAUAUUUCCAAAUGUCCUUUAUGUCACUUAACCCAAAACACAGCAACGUCAAAUCCAGAGUGUCAGACGUGCACCAGAACAGUUGAGCUCAGUCCAUGCUAUUACUAGCAAAGUGGUAUGGGGGACAACACAGAGACCAGCGGUCCAUGGUGAGACAGUAAAAUAAAUCUGUCAUCACAGCUGUUUAGAGAACAAGAUGAGGGUCUCACUUUCUCAUUCUUCUGUGCUGGACAACUGCUCCAUGCCCUAUCAGUUUACACAGUUGCCGAUGUCUGCGUCCACAGCGACACAUGCAGGUAAGUGGGUCAUGUCUGGACUCACAAGUCCAAGCUGAUCCCUUGCAAAUAGCAGUGCGUACAGUCCCUCUUAAAGAUGUGAUUUGUUUGCAGUAUGAACAAAAACGCAGUACAUCAAGGUCAAAUGUGUACUGUAGUCUGCCAUGUCUCUCGGCCAAGCCACAGCAAGAAUCAGGGAUGUGAUUUUUCUGGAUCAGGAGCUCACGUGAGAACACUUUGCGAGAAUGUCAGCAACUAGCUGUUGUCAGGCUUUUUCAGCCUUUCAACAACUGAAAAUGUCACACGAAAGUGAAUAUAUCUGGGAAUGUUUUUUUGUGUGGCCUCUGUCACUGUCUUCAUGUUCUCGUUCACAGUGAUCUCUGUACCUAAGUUGAUAUAUUACUCAUGUUUUUGCACUGCUACUGUUGCGGUACAGAUAGACUAACACACCAUUUUAGGACAAGCCAGAAAAAUGUGCAGUGUUUUUUGGUUUUCUUUGUGCAGUUCUGUGACUCAAGUCUGCUUUGGCACACCCUGGCCGUCAUUACAUUAUAUAUUACUUUACUACAUUAAUGAUCUCGUCACUUAGUGUAUCUGCCUUGAGUGUAGGAUUCUCCUUUCUCUUGGUACAACGUGUUGCAGUAGCAACCAUCUACUCCUGAUGCUCCCAAUGUGAUUUUGCAAUCACAUAGCUUACCACAAACCAUACCUGUUGUUGGGUUUUUGUGUGCGUAAGUGACCCUCUUUUGUGUAAUCUGAUCCCAGCACUAGUCAUUUUCCUAUCCUUAUCACAGCAUUUCAAAAGCUAGUCAGCUUUGUGUGGACAUAGUCUUAGCAUGAAACCAACAACAGCCACUGGUCCAGUGUUGGCUUUUGUCAUCCCCGAAGGCCACUUUGAUUGUGAACAAGUCAUCACUGUUAAUUUUAUGAUUUCAUCCACUGUUCAAUAUAGCUUUAUAAGUUAUCUUUCAACCCUGUUAGCACACUUUAACAGCCGCCUUCCUCUGCUUCAGUCUGUAGGCUGUAUACAGUUCUUAUCAUGUUUUCGGCAACUGCCUUAUUGCAGGUUACCACAAGCUAAUGGUUUGCCACUAUGCUCAUCAACCAUUUUUAAGUGUUCUUAUUGUGAAGUGUUAAGUAGCUCUGUUGGUUUAAAAUUGUUCUACCUUUUUAAUGGUGAAACAGCACCUUUACCAUCCUUAAGGAACCAUUGUGGUAUUUUUAAACCUGAGCCUGUAUUUACAUAUUUGGUGUGUAAAUAAUUCAUACUUGCCAGAAGUUUUAGAAUGAAUCCAGUUACCUUACCUGGUAGCUGCAACACAGCUACAGUGACUACAGCGUCAUCCUUUGUGGCAACUCAAGCCUUCAGUUAUGUCAACUAACAGUGCUGUAUAGAGAGAGACCUGUUUUGUUAAAGAAUAAAAUCCAUUUUGUUUAACCAGAAACGCAUGUCCCACUCAAAGAGAAGUUUUGCUGAAAUCUCACAAAAGUUGAGUUGUUGCAGGAAGGUGACAGUAGUAAACAUGAGUUUUCUGAGAGAAACUGCCUGCAAGGGUUUAUUUCCUAAGUCAUGGCAGAAAAUUAUGCUGAUUUCAACAAUCUGGUUGAGGAAAUAACUGCAACAACUCACCUGCAAGAUUUCAGAGUCAUACUAUCUGCCUCUGUAAGAAUACUUUCGGUGAAGUGACACACACUUGGAGUAACAUUCUCAGCCUGUGAGUGGCAAAGAAAAAAAAAAUGGAUGUAGUUUUGAUGAUCAGAGUUGCCAGCUGUGGUGUUCAACUGGACCAAUCCCAAAACUUUUGGUAAUUGUGAAUCAUUGUACCAAAAUAUGUAAAUAUAGGACCCUGGUUUAAAAAUACUGAAAUUCCCUUUUAAAGCCUCUUAUAAGAAUUGCAGCGAAUCAGUACAUUUGUUUGUCUUUUGUUUUGGUUUGAUUUUCAUUGGACAACAAUACAUCAUCCUUAUAAAAUGAGUAUUAUGGAAUUUUGUUAAUAUUUAUUCAUAACAUUUCCAAGAUUUUCUCAUUGUUUGAUCUUUGUGUCAGUUAUUCCCUUUUUUUUUUUGGCAAAAUCAGUAUAUUUGUACUUAAACAUUCCUGCAGUCAAAUACAUAAUAUAGCUUUGUGGGUUACAUUUCCUAACUUUCUCCUGUAAUACAUCCUCCAGUGAUUGAUUUCCACUCCUGUACAUGCUGGUAUGAACUGUUAAACGUUUCAUGUGUUAUUUCUUUUGUCCAAUGCCUCAAAUUGUCUGCUCUUGAUAGACGAAGAUGAUGUGCAGUAUCUGGCAUAAAUUGCACCACCAAAAUGUUUCAAAUAAGUGAAGCAUUCUUUCAUCUGAGAGCAAAUGAUGUGUAUUUUUAAAGAUAUUUUGACAACCAACAGGUUUCAUACAGGUUUCAUCUCCCAUACACAUGUGGUUCUUGGUUUACAAAGAAAUUAUGUUUGAUAUUUCAAGGCUGAAACUACGCAGCAUUGAUCCUGAAUACUGUGUGCUCUAUUUUGUCUUUGUCAUGCGAUUGAGGACACAUGCUGAAAACACAAUGUCAAGCAAAGCAUGAGUCUUAAAUGCACAGCAAGCAAAGAAUGUUGAAAAAUUAUAUAUAUUUGAAGAGCUGUGUUCUAAAAAUGAUUUUCACCAUGUGGAAACAAUAUCACUGAAAUCAUAUAUUGUGUUGACAGGAUCGAUCUGACAGGACAAAUUAUUGUUAUAAUUGUUGUUAUAAGUUUUGCUGUCUAAGGUAAAUAUUACUGAGAAUGAGAAUGGAUAUGCACACACAAAUACUGUUUUAGGUAUUUAUUCCAAGUGGAUGUAUGACAUUUUGGAAUAAAACCCUUCAUUUGUUAUUCACCCGGAACAUGUUCCAUCUUUACACUAUGUGUGAGUUUGCCUAUGUUUGGUUUGUUCAAUAAAUGCAAACUUAUUUCUUCAUAGA